AAAAUAAACGGAUGGUAGGUUUUUUGGAGCAGUUUCAAUAAAUUAGGGCAAGAAAGCAAGAAUCCGCGCGCGGGCAAUCAGAAUUGAGAAAUGGCGGGAAUCAUUUCCCCCAUUUUCCAACUCCCAAGAAUUGCUCCUCCAUUUAAAUCCCACGCCGCUCUAACUCCAACCUUCAUCUGCAAAUUCUCCCUACUCCCAAAUCGCAAAAUCUCUUCGAAUUCAAUCGAAAUGGCUCAGGCGGCGGAGAAUCCCAACUACACCCCCGAAAUCCAAGAACCCUCUCCCAAGAUUCAGAAGAUCCACGACCACAACGGCGUUUCCGACACUAAGCCUACUGCAAUCGUGCCGUUUCUGCGGGUGAAAAGGCUCUCGGAGAAAGCCGUUUUGCCGUCUAGGGCUUCCCCUCUUUCAGCCGGCUACGAUCUCUCAAGCGCCGUGGAUACGAAAGUUCAGGCGAGAGGAAAAGCUCUGGUGCCAACGGAUCUCAGCGUCGCUGUUCCCGAAGGAACGUAUGGUCGAAUUGCGCCGCGUUCUGGGCUGGCGUGGAAGCAUUCGAUUGAUGUUGGGGCGGGGGUGGUGGACGCGGACUACCGGGGACCGGUCGGUGUGAUCCUGUUCAACCAUUCUGAUGUUGAUUUCGAAGUGAAGGCCGGAGAUAGAAUCGCGCAGUUGAUCAUUCAGAAGAUUGUGACGCCGGAGGUGGCUGAGGUUGAUGAUCUUGAUUCCACGGCUCGCGGCUCCGGCGGGUUUGGAUCUACCGGAGUUUGAGUGUUUCACGUCUUUGCCAAGCUAAUAUUAUAGGUUAUGGUGAAUGAUGGGUUUUGGGUUUUCUGACUUGGUUCAGUCAUUUUGUGGAACAUGUGACUUGGAAAUUAUGAUGAAGCAACGUUUGUGGAUUGGUACAUUUGUGACUAUGUAUUUUGUUGACAUUCCUUUCUAUUUAAUUGAUGUUGUGGAGGAA